ACGUCGAAGUCGAGCACCGCACAAUCGAUGAAUCGCGCAACCUGACAGCUUCAGUUCGCCUGGCUGUUGCUAACACGAGAAUUUAUUGCCAUGUAGCAUUGUGCUAACUAGCGAGUUCGUCUAAACACGCCUUGACAUCUUGUUUUUCCUGUCAGCUUUUUAACCAUGUUGAGUUCGACAUGGAAUUUCAUCAAACGCCAUAAGAGGAAAUUCAUCUUUACUGGAGUUUUUGUUGGAGGUGUGUACCUACUUGGUAAAUAUGCACAGAGAAAAAUCCAGGAGAUACAAGAGCGAGAGGCAGCAGAAUAUCUUGCUCAAGCUCGGAGACAGUUUCAUUUUGAUAGUAACCAAAGGACGUGUAACAUGACAGUGUUAUCAAUGCUUCCAACUUUAAGAGAGGCGAUCAUACAUCAUCUGAACUCAGACAGCCUCACCUCUUUGCUGAAGACCAAGCCGGCUAAUAAACUCGAAAUCUGGGAUGAUCUAAAGAUAAUCAGUUUUACCCGCAGCAUUGUUGCUAUUUACAGCACUUGCAUGUUGGUGGUCUUGCUGCGAGUACAACUUAACAUAAUUGGUGGCUAUCUGUACCUGGACAACUCCGUGACAAAGAACGGAACGACCCCUUUAGCCCCUCCUGAUGUCCAGCAACAAUAUUUGUCAAGUAUUCAACAUCUUCUUGGCGAAGGGCUCAUUGAACUGAUAACUGUGGUUAAGAAAGCUGUCCAAGAAGUUCUCGGACCGGUGUCGCUAAAGCAGUGUUUAUCCCUGCAAGAUUUGGAACAACAGUUAACUCACAUCAGACAGGUAGUCGAAGACGGCUGUGCUUCCUCGAAACACAAGAGUCUUUCCUGGUACAUGAUGCCUGAUGAAGAGAACACGCUAGCGUCACAGGCCUGUGGUCUGACAGAGAACGAUGUCACAACGAUAAAACUGCUUAAUGAAACAAGAGAUUUGCUUGAAAGUCCGGACUUUAGUACUGUACUCAGUACAUGCUUGACUCGAGGCUUCGCCCGAUUCCUUGACAACAUGGCAGAGUUCUUCCGGCCCCCACAGGGAGACUCCACCGCCUGCAGCUCACCUGAAACCUCGGUACUGUCUCCUGUAAGCCUCCCGCUUGCCAAAAUCAUCCCCAUCAUUAACGGACAGAUACAUUCAAUAUGCAGUGAAAUACCAAGUCACUUUGUCCAGGAUCUUUUGUUAAUUAACCAAGUAAAAGAGUUCGCUGCCAAUGUGUAUGAAACAUUUAGCACCCCCCAUGAACUUCAAAAGUGAGGACAGGAUCGAGCAAGACGUCUUUCAAAUCUACUUUAAGCAGAGACUCUCAUCCUGUGCAGAAAAGACAGCAUGUUUUGAAAUCUGCUGAGAGACAAGUGCGUGUUUUUUCACUCAGGAUGGGAUAGCUUCUUAUGACCUGCCAGCUGUCCUAUCAGUUUGUCGGGACCUCCCUAACAAAACAGGAUAGUUGUAAAUAACUUUCGAUCAUGUCCCAGGCAUGCCAAGGUUUUACAGGCUGUAAUGAACUUUAGUAUUUUAUUUAUUUUUAAUCUUUGUAGCAACAAUCUCAUUACUGUACAGAUAUGUCACUGACUAAUGAUAAAAUUGAUUAAUCUAUGCGUUCAGACCUGCAGUGUGUAAUUAAAAGGUAAGGUUUGGAAUGGGUUUUUAUAGAUAAAGAUUUUUUUGUUGACAUAAUUAAUUCUUACACAUUUACACCCCCUUCCCGAUUUCCUGCAUGACAGCACUUCGUAUUGUAAAAGGGGGGUGCUUUUUCAGGAGCAUUUUCAUUUAGACUUGGAUUUGGGAUGUUUCUGAUUGAUGGGAAUUGAAUUUUUUGUGCAAGUAGUAUGUAGUAUACUACUCCUUUUGUAUGAUGACCCACAAAUGUCAAUGUUAAUCAAUAUGUCUAUGCGUUCUUUUAAUCUAUGAAUUAAAAUAACAACAUUUGUUCAGAAAAGGGAGUGUUGCAGUAUCAAGAGAAAUUAUAAUACUGCGGUGUAUUGCCAUUUUAUUUCAUUUAGCAGAUGCUUUUAUCAAAAGCUUUUAAGAGCCAUUGUAUCAGCACAGCCCAUUGAUGACCCAACUUCCCUAUGUCAUUGAAAUUCUCACAGUUCCCCCUCUAGGGGGCAGCACACAUUUAUAAUUGUUCAAAGCAACUGGGAAACAUUUCUGUCUCAUCAUGUUCUAAGAAAAAGCUUAUUAAUCAGUAAGUACACUUAAAGAGGAAGAAAUUAAGUAAUAUCUGUCCGAAAGUUCACACAGCGUAUGAGGCCUGAACAUGAGGGAAGCAUAUGAUUUAAGACUGCUCUUUCACAAGACAUCAUCCUUUUGAUGCAACUUCCUUGUGCUCUAGAAACCUGAACUUUGCUUUGACUGAUAUGGAUGAAACUAUUUAUUACAUGGCUUGUUGGAAUGCAUGAUUCUGAUUGGCCAGUCGCGACAUUUGCAGGUUCGCUAUUCCCAAAUAACAAAUUUAAAUUAAUAUUUCAUGUCCAGUUUUUUUCUCAUGUGGCAAACAGCUUCGUGUCAGGUCCUGUUGGGGCUUAUUUCUGCAAUAAAAAAACGGCUUUCUCUACAUUAUCCCUUACAUGUAUGCUGCCACUAGUGUGGGGUCAAUAAUAAAUUAAUUAUAAUUGUAACCAUCAACACUAAAUUAUACCUCUGCACUGUAAAAAUGUGUUGCCGACUUAAGUUUUAAAGUUCAAGUCAUUUCAGCUCAGUAAUUUAAAUCAUGGAUGAAUUGCUUUGACCUUAAUCAUUUUGAAAAAUGAAUGUAAAAACAUGCUGCCAUGACUUAAUCAUCACAAUGUUUUACAGUCUGUGUCUUUUGAGUUAAAGGAUCUACCAAAAAUAAAAAUUCUGUCAUUAUUUACUCACCAUUUUGUCAUUUCAAACCUGUAUGACUUUCCUCCGCAAAACAUAAAAUAAAAUAUUUUGAAAAAUGCUCAAAAUAUCACUUGCAUUGGUUUUAUGUCCAUAGAAGUGAAUUGGGUCCAAUGCGGUUCGGUUACCAACUUUCUUCAAAAUAUCUUCUUUUGUGUUCUGCAGAUGAAAGAAGUUCAAGAUUUGAAAUGAUGAGAGGGUGAGUAAAUGAUAGCAGAAUUUUCAUUUUUUGGGUGAACAUAAUCACUUAAGUGGAAAUAUUUGUAAUAAAGCUAUGACCACUAGUGGAAAAGCUUCUAUUGAUGGAAAAAUGCCAUUUUGUAGGGCAAAUGUUGAGUAUGUAACAGCCCAGUGCAGGAUCUUUGCUGACAUCAAAGUCUGAAUUCUGUAAGAGGUGACUCAUGAGUCAUUAUGCUCUUAUGGACACUACUUGUAAUCUAAAUUUUCCUAUAAACUUGAAAUACUGAAGUAUCUUCUACAUGUAAAGUACUCCUGUAAAAAUACCAAUAACAGGGCAGAACAAAAGAAAAGUACCUUUAAACAAUCUAAAUGAUGCAAUAUCAGACAACUGUAUCGGUCGGCUUGUGGUUAAUUCCACAGCCGAAA